AAAAAAAAGUCUUGAAUGCUGCUACGUUCAGUAUUUUCAAAAUGGAACGUAGGUUAUGACAUCACGGUGAUUAAUUAAUUACUUAAAAGUGUACUGUAGACGAUUAUUUUCAACCGACGAAGUUUAAUAAUCAAAAUAUGAUUCGAUGUUAUUGAUAACUAACAAUGAUGAUCGUAAAGUAUCCCCUUUCGUCAACUUUAUCAUCGGUGGAUUAUCUGGUGCCGCAGGGCAGACUGCCACCCAUCCGUUCGAUGUGUUCAAGGUACGAAUGCAAGUAUCGAAAGCUUCAUUGAGUCAAACGAUACGCGUUUCUUUGAAACACGUUGGAAUACAAAGUUUUUACAUUGGUUGGACUGCUAGUAUUCUUCGUCAAUUAACAUACAGUACUGCUAGGCUUGGAAUGUAUACCACGUUGUACGACCUUGCCCAAGGAUACUUUGGACGUUUGAAUUAUCCUACGAUGGUCAGUAUUGGAAUGUUGUCUGGUGUCGUGGGCGCAUUUGUUGGAACCCCAACCGAUUUGGUUCUGAUUCGUAUGAUAGCCGAUGUAAACUUGCCUCCAGAGAAACGAAGGAAUUAUAACAACGCGAUUGUCGGGCUGAUAGACAUUUGGAAAACAGAAGGUACACGUGGAUUGUGGAGAGGAGCUGUGCCAACAAUGACCCGAGCUGCGAUCGUGAAUGGAACACAGCUGGGUACAUACAGCAGAGCGAAGUUAAUGUUGAUUGAUACAGGUCAUUUCGAGGAGGGUGUAAUAUUGCAGUUUCUUGCGGCUAUGAUAUCCGGCCUGGUGAUGUGCACAGCCUCACUUCCGGUGGACGUAGCCAAAACUAGAAUACAAAAUUGGAAUUUACCAACAAAACCGCCAGGAAUUGUGGGUAUGAUGAUUAGCAUCGUGCGGAAUGAAAGUGUAACAUCGUUGUGGAGAGGAUUUUUACCUUAUUAUUGUAGAGCAGCACCCAAUGCUGUAAUAACUAUGAUAUGUAUGGAUCAAUUGCAUCGUAUGUACCUUGAAUUCUUUAAACCGUCCACUGAAUAAAGGUCUUAUUAUCUCAUAUUUUAAUGGAGUGUAAAUUUAUUAAAAGAUAUUCAAUAAUGGCUACGAUUUUUUUAAACGACUACAUCAUGUAUCGCCUGUACAGCUUAGUAAUUUGUUCAUUGAAUAAUAACGUUAAAACUGUGUGCGGUCCUAUUCUGCAGUAGGUGGGCAAGAAACCUUUCCAAAGUGCCAAUAUACCUUCGUUUCUAGCAAUGGAUACCAUCAUUGGUAUUAGACCAGGUGGUUUUUUCGUUGUUUUUAUAAUUUGUACCCUGAAAAUAUAUAAAAAUCAUUUUCACAAUUUGAAAAUAUUAUCUCAUAAAAUGUCUAUAAGAUUAGCACACUUUAGAAUGAAAUUACAAGAUAAUUUCGACCUCAUAGCACAAUCGAAAAAGGAGAGGAGAAUCUAUAUGCAAAAAUGAAUAAAAAAUGUAGAGUAGUAUUUUUUCCUACGAGCUUUGUUUUUAAAUAAAUCAAUAUUGAAAAUUCA